AUGAAGCAUAGUCUGACCUCCAUCGCCCUCGGUGCGCUUCUCCUCUCACAGUCUGCUCUCGCUGGACUCUAUUCCGCCAAGGAUCAUGUCGUCGAUAUCACCGCUCAAAACUUCCAGGCUGAAGUCAUGGACUCGAACCACCUGGUUAUGGUAGAAUUCUAUGCCCCUUGGUGUGGUCACUGCAAAAACUUGACUCCCCACUACAAGGCAGCCGCCAAGAACUUGCAUGGUAUUGUCAAGCUCGGCGCGGUCGACUGUGACGAUGACAAGAACAGACCUGUCUGUUCCCAAUACGAUAUCAAAGGAUUCCCAACGAUCAAAGUCUUUCCCGCCAACAGAGGUGGCAAGAAGGGCGUUAAACAUCCCAAGGAUUACCAAGGCGAGAGAACUGCAAAGGCUAUUGUCGACCACCUGGUCAAGCUAAUCCCCGACGAUAUCAAACUUGUUACGAGCAACCCCUCCAGUGAAAAGAUCACCAACAUUGACGAAUUCGUCGCCAAGGAAAGCGAACCUCGCGCGUUGUUAUUCACGAAGAAGCUGGCCUCUAGUAACAUGUACAAGGGGAUCGCCACUGAUAUGAAGGACAGGAUGAUCGUCGCAGAGAUGCGCGUCCCUAACGACAAUGUCCUGAAGCAAUUCAACCUCGACAAUCUUCCCACACUCCUGGUCUUCCCCAAGGACAGUCAGGAACCCGUUGUCUACACUGGCGAACUCAAGCGUGAUCCAAUCACCGAAUUCCUGGACCAAUACGCAGCACCAGCCAAGACCGGAAAGCGGGCAGCCGCUCCCGCCCCCAAACCCGCCGUCGUCGAGUUCAACCCCAACAUCAGCCAGAUCGCCGACCAGACUCAGUUCAAGAACGAGUGUCUGGACAAGCCUAUUGGAUCGUGUGUGAUUGCGUUCUUGGUGGUCGAGCCCGAAUUUCCAGAGUCGGUUCAGAUGCAUGAGGAAAACCUGGAGACCUUGCGCAAGGUCAAGAAGACGGCGUUCGACAAGAACAGACCCUUGCAUGUUAUGUGGAUGGAUGCCUUGGACAAGCGUGUGGUUGGAUUGAUGGACCAGUUCCAGAUCUCGAGCGAUAUUCCUGGAUUAUUGUUGAUCAAUCCCGGAAAGAAGGCAUAUGCUCCCUUUGUAGGAGCAUUUGAUGUCGAAGGUAUUCAGGGAUGGCUUUCAGAUUCAUCUUCCGGUCGAGGUAGAGUCUUCCCGUACUCGUUUGAGGUCGCUUUGCCCGAGCCCAGCACAAAGGAAACCAAGAAGGCGGAGGAGAAGGCAGAAGAGAAGAGCAGUAUUAAGGAUGAGCUGUAA